GCUCGCGGCUAGCGGCCCCGGCCCGCAACCGGCUGGUGGCCCCGCCCCGAGAAUCCUCCUCCGGGGGACCCCAGCCCGCCGCCCGCCGGGCCCGGUGGGUGGGCGCCGGGCCGCCUCUACCGGCCGGUGGCCGUAACGCGGCGACCUUGGCCCGGAGGCACUAACGGGGACCCACCAACGGUGGCGGCGGAGGCAGCGGCGCGGACUUUGCUCAGUGCGGAGGACCGAGCGGACUGUGUGUCCGCGGGCGAGCCGCGGCGAUGUUGGCUUUCGCGGCCAGGACCGUGCCCGGGCAAGUGGCUGUCUCUUGCUAGGUUCUGCUCGCCCACUGGGUAGCACAGUUAGGCUUAGAGGCCCAGCCCAAGUCAGACAGACAGGGCUCAGAACCUCAGUCCUGCCAUGGAGGACGGGCAGCAGAAAGAGAAGGUGAAGCCCCUGGGCUUCCUCAAGCCCUCGUCGCUGGUGAAGGUCUCCGGCCGCUUCAAGGCCCACCAGGAUUCGCUGCCCCGGCUGCCCGUGCCCGCGCUCCACCAGUCCCUGGACCGUUACCUGAAGGCACUGCAGCCCAUCGUGAGCGAGGAGGAGUGGGCCCAAACCAAGCAGCUGGUGGAAGAGUUUCAGGCGGCAGGGGGUGUGGGGGAGCGCCUGCAGAAGGGGCUGGAGCGCCGGGCCAGGAAGACAGAGAACUGGCUGUCCGAAUGGUGGCUCAAAACAGCCUACCUCCAGUACCGCCAGCCCCUGGUCAUCUACUCCAGCCCCGGUAUGGCCCUGCCCAAACAGGACUUUGUGGACCUGCAGGGACAGCUCCGGUUCGCUGCCAAAUUCAUCGAGGGCGUGUUGGAUUUCAAGGCCAUGGUUGACAACGAGACCCUGCCCGUGGAGUACCUGGGGGGUAAGCCGCUGUGCAUGAACCAGUACUAUCAGAUCCUGUCCUCCUGCCGCGUGCCGGGCCCCAAGCAGGACACGGUCAUCAGCUUCAGCAAGACCAAGAAGCCACCCAUGCACAUCACUGUCGUCCACAACUACCAAUUUUUUGAGCUGGACGUGUACCACAGCGAUGGGACACCCCUGACGUCAGAUCAGAUCUUCGUGCAACUGGAGAAGAUCUGGAACUCGUCCCUGCAAACCAACAAAGAGCCCGUGGGCAUCCUUACCUCCAACCACCGCAACUCCUGGGCCAAGGCAUACAGCACCCUCAUCAAAGACAAGGUGAACCGGGAAUCCGUUCGCUCCAUCCAGAAGAGCAUUUUCACGUUGUGCCUGGAUGCCCCCAUGCCUCGGGUCUCCGACGACGUGUACCGCAGCCACGUGGCUGGCCAGAUGCUGCACGGGGGCGGAGGCAAGCUCAACAGUGGCAACCGCUGGUUCGACAAGACACUGCAGUUCAUUGUGGCCGAAGACGGCUCCUGUGGACUUGUUUAUGAGCAUGCGGCGGCAGAGGGGCCCCCCAUCAUCGCCCUUGUGGACCACGUCAUUGAAUUCACGAAGAAACCCGAGCUCGUGCGGUCCCCCAUGGUGCCCCUGCCCAUGCCCAAGAAGCUGCGGUUCAACAUCACGCCCGAGAUCAAGAGUGACAUUGAGAAGGCCAAGCAGAACCUCAGCAUCAUGAUCCAGGACCUGGACGUCGUGGUCAUGGUGUUCCACCACUUUGGGAAAGACUUCCCCAAGUCAGAGAAGCUGAGCCCGGAUGCCUUUGUCCAGAUGGCACUACAGCUGGCCUACUACAGGAUCUACAAACAAGUGUGCGCCACGUACGAGAGCGCCUCCCUGCGGAUGUUCCACCUGGGGCGCACAGACACCAUCCGCUCCGCCUCCGUGGACUCGCUGGCCUUCGUCAAAGCCAUGGAUGACCCCAGUGUGUCGGACCAGCAGAAGGUGGAGCUGCUGCGGAAGGCCGUGCAGGCACACCGAGCCUAUACCGACCAGGCCAUCCGGGGGGAGGCCUUCGACCGGCACCUGCUGGGCCUGAAGCUACAGGCCAUUGAGGACCUGGUGAGCAUGCCCGACAUCUUCAUGGACACCUCCUAUGCCAUCGCCAUGCACUUCAACCUCUCCACCAGCCAGGUCCCUGCCAAGACGGACUGUGUCAUGUUCUUCGGGCCCGUGGUCCCCGAUGGCUACGGCAUCUGCUACAACCCCAUGGAGGCGCACAUCAACUUCUCCGUGUCGGCCUACAACAGCUGCGCGGAGACCAACGCCGCCCGCCUGGCGCACUACCUGGAGAAGGCGCUCCUGGACAUGCGCGCUCUGCUGCAGAGCCCCCCCCGAGCCAAGCUCUGAGCCCCCGGUGCUCAGGCCUGCCGGCGCCACAGCCCAGCCGACCCCGGCAGUGGGCCGCCCACCGGGGUUCUGCUCCCUUGCCCCCCCCCCACCCCAGACCCUGCGCAUCCGAUCACGCAGGGCCUGCGGGCGUGAGCCGGUACCUUCCAUGGCUCAUCCCCAGCCUGCACGGGGGCCCGGGGCCUGGCCUGAGCUCCAAGGCUGAGUAGGACGGAAGGCCCAGGCGCCCGGCGCGUCACCCAUGAGCCCACCUACAGGGAAAGGAACCAGAAGAGCCUGUCCCUCGCCAGGGGAGCAGACUGGCAAGUCCCUUUCUUGCUAGCUCAGCUCUGGCCAGCCCCCUGCCCUCUACGCUGCUGGGCCGGUGUCUGUACCCCGAUCCCCAGGCUCCCGAGGAUCUAGAGACAGGACUCUAGAGCCGGGGGUCUCCAGGCCUCCCUGAGGCUGAGGCCAGAGUGCAGGGUGUGCCGGUAAGGGAAACCCAAGGCCUCGACUCGGCCCACCCUGCCUGGCAGUGCCGUCUUCCCGGGGUGCUGCUGUGCUCUUUUGGGAGAUGUGGCCCGGGACCCCUGACUCGCUCGCUUCCACUCAGCUUGACUCCUGAACCAUGAUGAUGGUUGUAUAACAGUAACAUGCAAGGUGAUUAAUAAAGGAGAAAUUUGUCGGUGGAGA